ACAACUCCUGUUGCUGCCACGUACUGCCAGACUUGCAAACCUCUGAAACAGUUGGCCAUGGCAGUCCAUACCGAAGGCCACUUGGGCACUGAAGUAGCUGAAAUGAGAAAGAGGCAGCAGUCACAAAAUGAAGGAACAUCAGCUGUGUCUCAAGCACCUGGAAACCAAAGGCCCAACAACACAUGUUGCUUUUGUUGGUGCUGUUGCUGCAGCUGUUCAUGCCUCACUGUUAGGAAUGAAGAUAGAGGAGACAAUGCAGGAAGGCCAACACAUACGACCAAAAUGGAGAGUAUCCAAGUCAUAGAAGAAUGCCAAAACCCUACUGCAGAUGAAAUUUUGUCUUGGGCUCAGAAUUUUGACAAGAUGAUGAAAACACCAGCUGGGAGGAACCUUUUCAGAGAGUUUCUUCGAACAGAGUAUAGUGAGGAGAACCUGCUUUUCUGGCUUGCAUGUGAAGAUCUAAAGAAAGAACAGAACAAGAAAGUUAUUGAAGAAAAAGCAAGACUUAUAUAUGAGGAUUACAUUUCUAUACUGUCACCAAAAGAGGUUAGCCUUGAUUCCCGGGUGAGAGAAGUGAUCAACAGAAACUUGUUGGAUCCCAGCCCUCACAUGUAUGAAGAUGCCCAACUCCAAAUAUACACCCUAAUGCACAGAGACUCUUUUCCAAGGUUUUUGAACUCUCAGAUUUAUAAGUCUCUUGUUGAAAGUAUUACAGGCUCUACUUCUGAAACUUAG